CUUCCCGAGGCGACUGUGGCCAUUCAGAGUGCUCUGUGAGUCACCGCUAAUUUCAGAGCUCUAUGGUCCGCUAAUCCGGCGCACAAAAGCAGGCCCACUGCUCUUUUAUUCUUCCGGAGGCUGGGCCCAGUGUUGAGCUCAACAGCUGACCAGCUCUGGAACGUCCCAGCAGCGUGCCGGCGGGGGGGCCCCCGAUGUUUAUUUAGCGGCCAGCCGCCUGGGCGCACGGCCUCUGGGAGCCGGCUUCGCGCGCGCUCGCCUGCACAGGAGCCAUGUACCGGCGCAGCUACGUCUUCCAGACCCGCAAGGAGCAGUACGAGCUCGCCGACGAGGCGCCGCGCGCCGCCGAGCCCGACAGCCCGGUGGAGGGCCGGGUGGCGGCGCCCAGCCUGGCGGCGCUGCAGGGCCUCGGCGAGCGCGUGGCCGCCCACGUCCAGCGGGCACGCGCGCUUGAGCAGCGCCACGCGGUCCUCCGGCGGCAGCUGGAUGCCUUCCAGCGCUUGGGCGAGCCGGCCGGCCCGGAGGACGCCCUGGCCCGCCACGUCGAGGGCAACCGCCAGCGCACCCGGGACCUGGCGGCCGAGCGCGCGCGGCUGGAGCGCCAGGGCGCGGAGGCGCAGCGCGCCCUCGACGAGUUCCGCAGCAAGUAUGAAAAUGAAUGUGAAUGUCAACUGCUCCUAAAAGAAAUGCUGGAACGGCUUAACAAGGAAGCUGACGAAGCCUUACUGCAUAACCUACGCCUUCAAAUCGAAGCCCAGUUUCUACAGGACGACAUCAGUGCAGCAAAGGACAGGUACAAAAAGAAUCUUCUGGAAAUUCAGACCUAUGUCACCAUCCUGCAGCAGAUUGUCCAGACCACCCCUCAAGCAUCUGCCAUUACAAGUGGGAUGAGGGAGGAGAAGCUCCUGACGGAACGGGAAGCUGCCGCCCUGCAGAGUCAGCUGGAGGAGGGCCGGGAGGUGGUGUCCCUCCUGCAGGCCCAGAGGACGGAGCUGCAGGCCCAGACCGCAGCCCUGGAACAAGCUAUUAAAGAUGCCCAUGACUGUUACGAUGACGAGAUUCAGCUCUAUAACGAACAGAUAGAAACCCUGCGGAAGGAGAUUGAGGAGGCUGAGAGGAGCCUGGAGAAGUCUUCCUAUGACUGCCGGCAGCUGGUGGUCGCCCAGCAGACGCUGAAGAACGAGCUGGAGCGGUACCAUCGGAUCAUUGAGAAUGAAGGCAACAGGCUGAACUCUGCCUUCAUUGAAACUCCUGUCACCCUGUUCACCCCAAGCCAUGGAACCUCUGUCAGUUCUCAGCUUGGUGGGAAAGAUCUCACUAGGGCUGUGCAGAAUAUAACAACAGCAAAACCAAGACAAAAAGGUCUCCCCAAGAACAUUCCAAGGAAAAAGGAGAUCAUAGCUAAAGACAAAGCUGACGAAAGUCUGGAAGACAUAUCUUUGCAAGGUCCAGAAGACACACAGCUGGUGCAGGUGGUUCCUAAAGAAGAAGGCGAGUCUAAGCUUGAAUCACGAGGUGAUGAAGCAAGUCCCCCAACCCCAGAAGUGGCUCCAGAGGACGUGCCAGAUGGAGGGCAGAUAAGCAAAGCCUUUGGGAAACUAUUCAAGAAGGUCAAGGAGAAAGUGAAAAGCCCCAAAGAACCCGAGCCCCCAGCUGACCUCUACACCAAAGGGCGGUAUGUGCUGGUCUCCGGGGAUGCCAGUUAUGUGGACCCUGGGUUCUGUUCGUCCUCCAUCCCAGCCAAAGGUGCAGUGGUUAUUUCCAUUGAAGAUGACUCUCUGCAUCGCGACGGCCCUGCAGAGCCCUCUCCUGAGCAGCCCGGGCCCCCGCUGGAGAACGGACAGGGGGAUCUUCAGGGUAAAGAAGGUGGACACCCACCCGACCAGCAUGCUGCCGACAAGGAGGACGAGAGUAGUGCCGAAGGAUUGAAAGGGCCUGGGGAGAAACCUGGGGACCAGAAGGAGGAUGAGGCGUCCAGGAGGCCCUGUCCCAUGGUCACACCUGGUCCGGAGGGACCACCAUCUCCACCCCAGUCUCAAAGGCCUGGGGUCGGUCAGGGUGGAUCGGAGAGGCAUGGGGCAAGGAUUAGCAUCUCGAAGGAGAGAAGCCCGCCCAGGACUUUGGCAUAUGAGAAAGUGGAAGUGAUGGAGUCCAUUGAGAAGUUUACAACUGAGAGCAUUCAGACGUAUGAGGAAACAGCUGUCCUUGUGGAGACCAUGAUUGAGAAGACGAAGGCAAACAAGAAGAAAUCAGGAGAGAAGAGCUCUUAACACUCCUGGGCUUAAUGGGAAACAAUGUCUUUGGGGCCGCUGUAGGGGAAGUGCUUUGAUAUUUUAGAACACAGGAUAAAAGAGUGAGGAUUCCUUGUUUGGAUUAGACCCUUCUGACAUUGCCAAUGAAGCCUUAAUUAAAAAGUUUUCUUUGCUUGCA